CCCACUGGCAGUUUAACGGCUGCUCCUGUUUGUUUUCCCCAAGCUUCAUAUGGAGCUCGAGGGCGAAGUUUUAGAUGAAAAAAAAAGCAGAUAAGAGGUACUUUUUUGUGAUAAUUCAGGCGCAGGAAAAUCUAAAGCGUUUAUUUAAGAUGAGCGGCUGAAAGAGAUACGCAUUUCACACUUGCUUUGAAUUUGAUCUAACGCAGUCAAGUUUUAGACCCCGGUCCAGUUGUUCACGGGUAAUAUCAGCAGGCGGGAUUUUAAACAAACAAAGAUCAUCGGACUCAAGCACGGACAUGGCUGCAGGAACAUGUGCGUGUCUUUGCUCGACUCUGCUGCUUGCUGUCGUCCUUGUGUCCGAGGCUGCAGACCAGAAAAACAUCACAGUUUUGUCUGGACAGAACGUCAUUCUACCAUGUCAAGCUCUAAGAGAUAAAGGUUCCCUCAGAGCUGUAGCUUGGACCAAACCUGACCUACAAAAUAAAAAUGUGUAUCUGUAUCGAGAUGGACGAUUUGAUCCCGCAGAUCAGAAUCCAUCUUUUAAGAACCGGGUGGAUCUGUGGGACAGUCAGAUGAAGGAUGGAGACGUGUCUUUGAUUCUGAAGGAUGUGACGAUUAAUGAUGCUGGAACAUACGAGUGUAGUGUUACCCAGAAAAAAGACCUCAGCCCUUACACCACGACCAUAACUGUUGACCUGAGAGUUAUUAAUUCUAAAGGUCGGGCAGUCAUACCAGUAGGACGAAGUGUAAGUGGUUCUUUUGGACUGGUCAUUGGUCUGUAUGUUCCUGUUGUGCUUCUUGUUGUUGCUUUUGUUUUUUAGCUACAGAAAAUUUAAAGAAAACAGUCAGUGUUCAAACCAACCUCAGUUUUUUUUGUUAAUGAAAACAAGAAAACAAAAAUGAUCUGAGGACAGACGAACAUUAAAGAUGGGGAACAUUCAGCUGCAGAUUUCAAACAUCUAAAAUUUAAACGUAUUUCACAUUUCUCUCAAACAUCUUUUUAAUAUGUGAUUGCAGCUUUAUGACCUACAGUUUGAGUCCAUCUUCAGUACUUUAAUAUGGUUUUCUCAAACCAAGGGAAACUGUAUUAUAUUACUGUAUGUUCUGCUGAAUGCUGCAGAAUUAGUGAUUUUGCUGUAGUAGAGUUUACAUUAUUUGUAAAAUAUUAUAUGUGAAGAUAUGUAUGUACACACACGAGUGUUUAUACAACACAACAUGUGACAGUGUGAGUUUGGAAAAAUGAAAAGGAGAUAUUAUGACAGCCACAGGACUGCUGACCUUGCUUUCCUCGUCGGUUUUGUCUUCUCAUCUGUAAAAUGUGGGUAAAGUUGCAUGUUUGGGAACACCUCAUUGGUUUUGAUGGGAUUGUUGGUUUAGUCAGUUCCCUCCUCACACCAAUGACUUAGGCUGUGUGAAUAUGUAAAAAAUGUUAUCUGUCUGGACAAUAAUGUUCAGCUGGAUGGACUAGAGGGACUGUUGUCCAUUUUUGUUGAAAGCUCGUACUGUCCAUGUUCCUGAUUUGUAACUGGUUUUGAAUAUGGUUUCUGAAUCCGUCCAGUUCUUACAGACUGCUGAACACUUUGUUUUUUUGGUAGUUUAGGAACACUGAUUGGAAUCACAGAUCACUUUUAGUCCAGAUGAUUUGGUUGAUUUUGGUUUCACUUUAUAUUAAAU